UUUUCUCUCCCCUCUCUCCCACUUCUCUGGUUUCGUCCCGCUCACACCCGACCUCGCCUCCCGUCGGAUCGCCGCCGGCCCCGCCCGCCGUGGCUGUCCCCGUCCUCACCGCCUCCAUCCAAGCCGGCUCCGGAUCCAGGCCGCUCAGUCCCCGCCCGCGCCCCCACACGUCAAUCUCCGCCGCCUCCGUCCCCGCCCGUCACGACCUCCCCGCGUGCAGAUCCACAGUCGUCGACCUACCCGGCCCCCGAUCUGCCCGGCCCGCGCUCCUCCCCGUCCACAGCAUAGAAAGAGGGAACCCAGGAACCCCUGUACGGCCUCAGCUUGGUCAUAAGUAUUUCGAGAAACCCCAAGAAAUCUGAAGAAACCCGGAGGGAGGGACACCACAGAGGAGGCCGGACAAGAUGAUCGGCGUGGGGAAGGCGAAACAGUACGCAAACGUGCUCGACAAGCCUCUCGGUCGUGGGAGACAGGAGGUCAGUUUGAGUGCUUUUGCAUUCCUGUUCUCGGAAUUGGUUCAAUACAACCAGACACAAGUUGACAACAUCGCUGAGCUGGAACGAAGGCUGGAGGACGCUGGUUAUGCUGUUGGUGCAAGAGUUCUUGAACUGCUGUGUCACAGGGAGAAGGGGAAUAGACGAGAGACUCGACUGCUGGGGAUUUUAUCAUUCAUUCACAGCACCGUAUGGAAAGUACUGUUUGGAAAGGUGGCUGACUCGCUUGAGAAAGGAACAGAACAUGAGGAUGAAUACAUGAUUAGUGAGAAGGAGCUUCUUGUUAACCGGUUCAUUUCCGUGCCGAAAGACAUGGGGGCAUUCAACUGUGGAGCUUUUGUUGCAGGGAUUGUAAGGGGCGUAUUGGACAAUGCUGGCUUUCCCGCGGUUGUGACGGCGCAUUUUGUGCCAAUUGAAGGCCAGCAGAGGCCCAGGACAACGAUCUUGAUUAAAUUUGCUCAAGAGGUUAUACACCGGGAAGCGAGGCUCGGCUGAAGCUCAUGCCAUCUAUGUACACCUCAUUGCGGAAGAUUUCUUUUAUCCACCGAGUUAAUCUCGUAUUACGACUUUGUACUAAAUCUGCGACACUUAUUUUGGGGCGGAGGGAGUAUUAGAUUUGUUCCUGCUACCUUGUAUGGAAGGAGCGUCUCGGAAUUCUUGUUUGCACACUCUCAAAACCUGUCUGCCCAGCCAUGACGAGUUAUGGUGAAUCUGGGCAAGAUGUACUGACAUGUGCAUGAACUGCAAACUCUCAUAAUGUGAAAGAUAUGGUUUCGAGAGUACAAAGAAAAGGCAAACAAAACACAAACAGAGCACCAGUUUCAAGCUA